UUUCAAGGAGAAUUUAGAGUGUCAAUCAAACCACUUUCACCCAAAGAAGUAAUUCAGAUCUAUGUCCCAAAGCUUUUGGAUAGGAAUGAUGGUUCCUUUCUCAUGAGAUAUCGAUUAUAUACAAGCGUCAAGGAAGGGCUAAAGGUGGAGAUUCUUUAUGGAGAUGCACAUGUAGCUCAGUCUCCCUAUAUCUUGAAAGGUCCUGUUUACCAUGAAUAUUGUGAAUGUCCAGAAGAAGAUGCUCAAAUUUGGGAGAAAGGUCUCUCAUGUCCAUCUGAGGAAGCUCAAAUUACUGAGGAUUUUGCUGCAUUUCCUAGCAUUGACUUUCAGCGGAUGUUUAAUGACGUCCCUCCAAGGUUUGGGCAAAAGAUGGGAGCCAUUGUUCAUUAUACCAUAAUCAAUAAUCGCAUUUAUUGGCAAACCUUGGGGAAGUAUACAGACUUCAAAAUGUUUUCAGAUGAAAUGCUGCUAUCAUUAGCCAGGAAGGUCCAUCUCCCUGAUGUGGAAUUUUAUCUUCAUGUUGCUGACUGGCCCAUUGAACAUCGGAAAGCAAAUGGCACCCCAGGCCCUGUACCUAUCCUUUCAUGGUGUGGGUCUGUGGAUUCAGCUGACAUAGUGCUUCCCACCUAUGAUGUCACCCACUCAACCCUUGAAACUCUGCGUGGUGUCACAAAUGACCUCCUGUCUAUUCAAGGAAACACAGGACCUGUCUGGGAUAACAAAACCGAGCAAGGAUUUUUCAGAGGUCGAGACAGCUGGGAAGAACGGCUUCAGCUUGUGAAGCUCUCCAAAGAAAACCCAGAACUUCUUGAUGCUGGAAUAACUGGUUAUUUCUUUUUCAAAGAAAAGGAGAAAGAGCUGGGGAAAGCUCCACUGAUGGGCUUCUUUGACUUCUUUAAG